AUGAAUUGGAGAUAUACAAUUCCAGUGCUCGCUUUUCUUGCAGUUCCAGGAAUUAGUUGGCCCUACGACGAGACUCUUACUGCUUAUAACAUCAAUGAGAACCAAACAGCGACUAGCCCCUUGGACUACUGGGGAGAAUGGCCCGAUCACACCUACUUUCCUUCGCCAGAAAAUUGGCGUUUUCCUGUAUAUACGCUUUUCCUUGACCGAUUUGUUAACGGGGAUCCAACAAACGACAAUGUAAAUGGGACACUCUUUGAACAUGAUAUCAAUUCAAACCAGAUGCGACAUGGAGGUGAUGUGGCUGGCCUGAUAGACACUUUGGACUAUUUACAAGGAAUGGGUAUCAAGGGACUUUACCUUGCAGGUUUGGUAUUAAUGAACCAGCCAUGGGGGGCUGAUGGCUAUUCAGCGCUUGACACUACGCUACUCGACCAGCAUUUCGGGACAAUUCAAACAUGGAGAGCAGCGAUCACGGAAAUCCACAACCGCGGCAUGUAUGUUAUUUUUGACAAUACUGUCUCAACGAUGGGAGACCUCAUUGGGUUUGAAGGGUACAUGAACACAACGACCCCAUUUUCAGUCAAAGAGCACAAGGCCUCCUGGAAAUCGAACCGACAAUAUGUCGAUUUCCGAUAUGGUAAUACUUACAAUGAGACGUGUGAAUAUCCUCGCUUCUGGAAUGAGACCGGAUACCCGGUGGAUGAUUAUGUCGACUAUGAGCUACUCGGGUGCUAUGAUAGUGAUUUCGAUCAAUAUGGUGAUAUCGAGGCCUUUGGUGUCUAUCCUGACUGGAAGCGAGAGCUCGCGAAAUUUGCUUCUGUUCAAGAUCGGCUGCGUGAAUGGGUGCCUAGUGUUAGAGAGAGACUUAUUCGUCAUUCGUGUAUGAUCAUCGCCUCUUUCGACAUCGACGGCUUUCGCUACGACAAAGCUACACAAGCCACUGUAGAUGCUCUUGGUGAUAUCUCUGGGGCGUAUCGAGACUGUGCUCGGCAUGUGGGAAAAGACAACUUUUUCCUUCCCGGUGAGAUUACAAGUGGAAACACUCUCGGCUCUAUCUUUCACGGGCGAGGCCGUCAACCUGAUAUGCAGUCUCAAACGCUCGAGGAGGCUUUUAUGAUGACGAAUGCCUCGGAUCCGGAUUACUAUAUUCGUGACCAAAACAAGCAGGCGACCGAUGCCGCCGCAUUUCAUUACUCCGUCUACCGCUCUCUCACCCGGUUCUUGGGUAUGGACGGUAACUUGGCUGCUGGGUAUGAUGUUCCGGUCAAUUGGACAGAGGCCUGGUAUCAAAUGGUCCUCACCAAUGACAUGGUUAAUGCCAACACUGGAAAAUUUGAUCCACGCCAUAUGUAUGGAGCUACAAACCAGGACGUAUUCCGAUGGCCGGCUGUUGAAUAUGGCAUUGAAAGGCAGCUGCUGGCCCUUUUUAUCACGACAUUGCAUAUGCCUGGGAUUCCUAUGCUUCUAUGGGGCGAGGAACAAGCAUUUUAUAUUUUGGAUGCUUCAGCUUCCAAUUAUAUCUAUGGCCGUCAAGCAAUGUCUCCAGCCACAGCUUGGAAAAAUCACGGAUGUUUCCAGUUGAAUUCCACUCAAUACUUCCAGUGGCCUAUAAAAUCAGGACGUUUGGGAUGCCACGAUGAGACAGUCACAUAUGAUCACCGUGACCCCGCUCAUCCCGUGCGGAACAUUAUCAAACACAUGUAUCAAAUGCGACAGGACUUCGGUGCUCUUAACGAUGGAUGGUGGAUCCAGCUGCUCUCCAAUCAGACGCACAACAUAUAUCUCCCGGGUUCUGAUGGAGUCCCCACAGAAACUGGUAUGUGGUCUGUCUUGCGCAGUCCAUAUUAUCAAUUGCAAGAUCUAGGAGAAAUAGGCAACCAAACGGUCUGGUUUGUAUACCAAAAUGAGGAUCGAACAGUCAACUAUGAGUUCGACUGCUCUGAUCCAGAUAAAGCAUUGAUUGCUCCAUUCGACAUAAACACCACGGUGAAAAAUCUGUUUUAUCCUCACGAUGAGUUGACACUACAAGAGGGUCCAGUCAAGCUUGCUUUGAAUGGCUCCGACAAGUACAACGGUUGCCUUGAGAGUAUGAGGCUUCAACCUUACGAAUUCAAAGCCUACAUCCCAAAGGAGAAAUUCGUCUCUCCUCGCCCUAUGGUAACGAAGUUCCUACCCGGACACGAUACUCCUUUGCUCUCUGCUGUCGCGCCAAACGAAAGUGAAUCAGUGGACAUCAGUUUCUUCUUUUCCACAGAUAUGAAUUGCUCUAUGGUAACUGAGUCAAUAUCACUCGAGUCGUCUACUGAAACUGGAGAAUGGCCUUCUGUGGACCUUGACAGCGUCAGUUGUGGGACUAUGGACCCAGAGACUACGACUUGGACCGGCCAAAUUCCAUCUGCCUGGUUUUGGAGUGGUACCCUGACUGGGGUCUACAAUGGUGUACACAAAUUGACGGUAAAAAAUGCGACAAGUGCUGAUGGAAGAGUAACCAAUGCGAUCGACCAUUUCUUGUUCCGAAUCGGGCAGUAUGAUAACCCCAUGAUCUUGACCUCGGCAAAUUACUCCAGCAGCUUGCUUCAUGGGCAUAAGGAUGGUACUCUUUUUAUUGCACAACACGCAGCAGGAGCAGACAAAUAUCGGUACUCUACCAACUGGGGUAGUACUUUCACUGAAUGGCUCCCAUACGAGGGAGGAAAUCACAGCAUUAAAGAACUGCCUUGGUCUGGAACGAAGAAACAGAGAUGGAAUGGACAACACGUUCGGGUCGAGUACUGGAGUCGCCUCACAGGUAGUAGCGACUACGUCCAAGAAGGUGACGGGCCCGACUGGAGUCCCACUAUCCAACGUCGCUUCCCUCACCUCUUUUUCAAUGGUCCAUUCAACAGGUACGGAUAUGAUGCCGGCUUGGAUAAUGUCGUGAGACAGGAUACUGAUGGUCUCUGGAAAUUCCGCUUUAUCGCUGAAUGGCCUGCCCAGGGUCAAUUGAAUGUCUGGGGUAUCAACCCUGAUAAUCAACCAGACCAAAGCUACAUCUACGGAGAUUCCGAUGGAGACUCAAUCCUAGACCGUCUGCCACCCUCUUCACUCAGUGUGACAUCCAUAAAUAUCACUCAGCAUCCACCGAACCCGCACAUCGCUUGGAGGCUUCAAGUCGAUGACUCGAACUUGCAGUUUAAUCUUGUUCCUACAGGCUCCAAAUAUCUUCAAAUGGCUCUAUUCUUCCUACUUUGGACUAUUCCCGUUAUUACAGCGUCAACCUGCGCUUACUUGUUUAUGAAAACAUUUUACCGAAUCAAGUUCAAUCAAGUCGGGGUCAGUGAAAAAAAGACGCUUAUUUCAAUGGACUACCUCAAUAAAUUCAAAAUCGGCCAAGCGGAAGAUGGACAGUCCAGAAAUCCAUUCAGACGCCGUUUAAGUACGUCAAAAUUCCUUCAAAGCACUUCUGCGUUUGGAAAUCAAACUGCGCGCCGACGAAAGGUCCUUAUUGCAACAAUGGAAUAUGAUAUCGAUGACUGGGCUAUCAAGAUAAAAAUCGGUGGCUUGGGUGUUAUGGCACAGUUAAUGGGGAAACAGCUCGGAUAUCAGGAUAUUGUCUGGGUUAUUCCCUGUGUCGGUGGAGUGAAAUAUCCCGUUGAUAAACAAGCAGAUUCGAUGUUUGUUAUGAUCUUGGGGAAUUCAUACGAAAUCAAGAUUCAGUACCACCAACUGAGAAACAUCACAUAUGUUUUGCUGGAUGCGCCGGUUUUCCGCCAGCAAUCCGCCACAGAGCCUUACCCGGCCCGUAUGGACGACCUCGGCAGCGCUAUCUACUACUCUGCCUGGAAUCAAUGUAUUGCCCAGGCAAUGAAGCGGUUCCCCGUUGAUUUGUACCAUAUCAAUGACUAUCAUGGCUCGGUCGCCCCGCUAUAUCUUUUGCCCGAGACUAUUCCUAUCUGCUUGUCGCUUCAUAACGCCGAAUUUCAAGGCCUUUGGCCUAUGAGGACACAGAAAGAGAAAAUCGAAGUCUCUUCUGUUUUCAACCUCGAUUUGGAUGUUGUAACGCGCUAUGUCCAGUUCGGCGAGAUCUUCAAUCUUCUUCAUACCGGUGCAAGCUAUCUUCGCCUUCAUCAACAAGGAUUCGGUGCCGUUGGUGUAUCAAAAAAGUACGGCAAGCGGUCAUAUGCUCGAUAUCCAAUCUUUUGGGGCUUAAGGAAAGUUGGACACCUACCAAAUCCCGACCCCUCCGAUACAGGCGAUUGGGAUAAAGCCUUGCCCAAGGAGAACGAGAUUAACGUCGACUAUGACUUCGAAGUCCGUAGGGCAGAGCUAAAGCGUCAAGCACAAGAAUGGGCUGGUCUCAAGCAAAGGUCCGACGCUGAGCUGCUAGUCUUUGUUGGAAGAUGGUCUAUGCAAAAAGGGAUUGACCUGAUCGCUGAUGUAUUACCUAGUAUAUUGGAGAGUCGGGAACAUGUCCAGUUAAUCUGUAUCGGGCCACUUAUUGAUUUGUAUGGCAAAUUCGCAGCGUUGAAACUGGACCGAAUGAUGAAGCUAUACCCUGGUCGGGUGUGCUCUAAACCUCAGUUCACAGUCCUACCACAGUUUAUCUUCUCUGGUGCUGAUUUUGCACUCAUUCCGUCACGCGAUGAGCCAUUUGGUCUUGUCGCUGUUGAAUUCGGUCGGAAGGGCGCCCUUGGAAUUGGGGCCAGAGUAGGAGGACUCGGGCAGAUGCCUGGCUGGUGGUAUACCGUCGAGUCCACAAGUACCUCACACCUAUUAAAGCAGUUCAAAUUGGCCAUCGACAGUGCAUUAAGCUCCAAGUACGAGGUGAGAGCAAUGAUGCGCGCAAGGUCUGCUAAGCAACGAUUCCCAGUUGCCCAGUGGGUCGAAGAUCUUGAGAUCUUACAGUCCACAUCGAUUCGAGUCCACCAAAAGGGACGAGCCAAAUCUCAGAGCCAGUCUGGCGCUGUUAGUGCAUAUAACGCUAUAUAUGGGAUGAUGACACCGCAGGCGGCGUCAACAAGAUCGGGCGCAUCAACACCUCCAUUACAACCAUCAAGUCGCCCACGCACUACGGGAUCACUACAGCGAAGUUCUAUAAUCUACAGUCAUGACACAACCCCUGGAUUUGAUGGGAGACCAAGGUCAGGACUCAGUCGCCAGAUGUCUUUCAGUGCUCGGCCAGUAACUAGGCCCAUAGAGCCUCGCAGUCGGCGCGAGCUCGGGAAAGGUAGUGGUACAGAGGGUGACGACAGUGCUGGUAGAACCUCUCCGGAAGCCGAAGAAGAUACCGACGACGACAUGAUGGCUACCUGCUACGGCGAUGAUGAUUAUUCCAUGCCACCUGAAGUAGCAGAUCCAGGACGUGCACAAACUCUCCAGCCUGCGGGUGUAGCCCUCACCAAAGAGGCUCUAUCGGCCCAGCGCGCGAGUCAAGGCUCGUCUUUGGUUCGAUGCAGCAACACUCCCUCUAGUUCAGCAGCGCCAAGUACUGUCGGGACAGAUGAGACCCUUGCUCCUCCUUCUCGUCCAUGGACAGAGCCAGGAAAUCGUCUCAGUAAUGCCUCGGCCUUGUCCGUUGAUUCGGUUGUUGGAGAGAAGAAAGACUUCAAACUCCAAAAGGUUGACCCAUUCUUCACUGACAGCAACGGGGAGUACUACAGGGUAUUUGAAAAAAGACUUGAGGAGCUCAGUGGGGAAAACUCGGACAAUCAGCUCUGCAUUGAGCAAUAUCUCGAGAAGAGCGAAAAGAAAUGGUUCAACAAAUUCCGUGACGCACGCCUUGGCCUCAAUCAAGGAUCCCCAGCUGGCUCAGUGCGUCGCGGCAAAACAGGAACAUCCCCGGCGGGGUCAGUUACCAACGACGAUGCGACAUCCCACGAAAGUGGUGAGCCCGAGAGAAAGGCUACCCAGCGAGAUGAAUUUUUCCUUGGUGAUGAUUAUGUGCCACCAACAGGCCUAAAGAAAUGGAUGCAAAUGCGUAUCGGAGACUGGCCGGUGUAUUCUAUUUUCCUCGGACUGGGUCAGAUUAUUGCUGCCAAUUCAUACCAGAUUACCCUUCUCACCGGAGAGGUCGGCCAGACUUCUACGAAGUUGUACGGAAUCGCGACAGUUUACCUCAUCACUUCGAUUCUAUGGUGGCUUUUCUUCCGCUACUGCAAAUCGGUGCUCGUUCUGAGUGUGCCAUGGUUCCUAUACGGAACAGCCUUUUUGAUCAUCGGAAUGGCACACUUUGAGCCCAACUCACACACUCGAGGAUGGAUUCAAAAUGUUGGAAGUAGUGUGUAUGCUGCUGCAUCAUCAAGUGGUUCUAUCUUCUUUGCCCUCAAUUUCGGUGACGAAAGCGGUGCACCGGUCAAACUGUGGGUAUUCCGUGCUUGCCUUAUUCAGGGCACGCAGCAAGCUUAUGUCAUUGCUCUUUGGUACUGGGGCUCAACUUUGACUAAAGCUACCAACGCGGGGAUUAUGGAUGUGCAGAGCAGCAUCAGCAACACCUGGAGAAUGACAGCAAUAUGUACACCAAUCACUAUCUUCUUGUGGGCAAUUGGCCUCGUUGUCUAUUUCGGACUGCCAAACUACUAUCGCCAAACUCCCGGCAAGGUGCCGUCAUUCUACAAAUCUGUUUUCCGGCGCAAGAUUGUCGUUUGGAAUUGGGUGGUCGUCAUUAUACAAAACUUCUUUUUGAGUGCCCCAUAUGGUCGGAACUGGAAUUUUCUUUGGAUCACCCAGCACGCCAGCCCAUGGCAAAUUCUACUUCUCUGCGUUGCAUUCUUUGGGUUUGUCUGGAUAGCGGUUCUCUUCCUGCUGGCUAGACUAUCCAAAUCCCAUAGUUGGAUCCUCCCAGUUCUCGCAUGUGGUCUGGGUGCUCCACGUUGGGCACAAAUCUGGUGGGGCACAUCUGGUUCCGGCCUGUUCCUCCCCUGGGCUGGAAGUUAUACCUCGGGAGCGAUUCUAUCUCGCAGUCUUUGGCUCUGGCUCGGGGUCUUGGAUGCAUUACAGGGUCUCGGGUUCGGUAUGAUUCUGCUUCAAACACUGACACGUAUGCACAUCUGCUUCGCCCUUUUGGUAUCACAGGUCCUGGGCUCUAUCGCAACUAUUUGUGCAAGGGCAUUUUCACCCAACAACAUUGGACCAGGGCCCAUCUCGCCAGAUAUCACGGCUGGUGUGGGUGCGUUGGGUAACGCUUGGUUUUGGGUUGCUCUUAUAUUGCAGCUCUCAAUCUGUGGUGGCUUUCUUCUUUUCUUCCGCAGGGAGCAAUUAUCGAAGUCCUGA